CAGCCGUGGCGGCCGCCUCUCAUCCUCCCCGGUCCCCGCUCCCAGUACCCGUCACCGCGCCGCCAUCGCUCCCCGCUCCCUCUCACCUCCGCCGGGAGCCGCUCUUCGCCCCGGGGCCCCCCUGUCCCCGCCGCCGCGCGUCUCAGAGCAACUCGCAGACUCUGGACUUCACAAUAACCACUUUUUUUUUCUUUUUUUUGUCACCCUCCGUUUUCUGAAUGACGGGCGGUCGGUUCGACUUUGACGAUGGAGGCACCUACUGCGGAGGCUGGGAGGAAGGCAAAGCCCACGGCCAGGGCGUGUGCACCGGCCCCAAGGGCCAGGGCGAGUACUCGGGCUCGUGGUCCAACGGCUUCGAGGUGGUCGGGGUCUACACCUGGCCCAGCGGGAACGUGUUCCAGGGCUACUGGGCGCAGGGGAAGCGCCACGGACUCGGCGUAGAAAACAAGGGAAGGUGGAUAUACCGGGGAGAGUGGACUCACGGGUUCAAGGGCCGGUACGGGGUCCGGCAGAGCCUGAACACACCGGCCAGGUACGAGGGCACCUGGAGUAACGGACUGCAGGACGGAUACGGCGUGGAGACGUACGGGGAUGGAGGUACGUACCAGGGUCAGUGGACCGGGGGGAUGCGCCACGGCUACGGCGUGCGUCAGAGCGUCCCGUACGGCAUGGCCUCCGUCAUCCGCUCGCCUCUCCGGACCUCGCUGUCCUCCCUGCGCAGCGAGCAGAGCAACGGCGCGGUGCUGCGGGACAGCCUGUCGGACAUCCCCGCCGGCACCCGCGGCGGCUUCGUCCUCAACUUCCACUCCGACGGAGACGGCCCGGACAAGAAGAAGGGCCUCUUCCGCCGCGGCUCCCUCUUCGGGAGCCUCCAGCGGUUGCGCAAGUCGGACUCGCGCUCGUCGAUCUCGAGCAAGCGCAGCUCGGCGCACAGCGACACCAACAUGAGCCGCAUCAGCUCCAGCGACAACAACUCCACCCUCAGCUUCGGAGACGGAGACCCCGGCGACGACUACAUGACCCUGGAGGACAACGUGGACGCCACCACCACCGAGGCCUACAUGGGCGAGUGGAAGAACGACAAGCGCAGCGGCUUCGGCGUGUCGGAGCGCUCCAACGGCAUGAAGUACGAAGGCGAGUGGCUGAACAAUAAGCGCCACGGCUACGGCUGCACCGUCUUCCCCGACGGCGCCAAGGAAGAGGGCAAGUACAAGAACAACACUCUGUCCCGGGGCAUCAGGAAGCAGCUGAUCCCGCUGAGGAGCAACAAGACCAAACAGAAGGUGGACCGAGCCAUCGAGGGAGCGGUCAGAGCGGCGGCUAUCGCCAGAACCAAAGUGGAGAUCGCCAUCUCCAGGACGUCCCACGCCCGGGCCAAAGGAGACGCUGCGGACCAGGCGGCCCGCUCAGCCAGCCAGGACUGUGACAUCGCCAGAGCUGUGGCCAGAGAGCUCUCUCCAGGCUUCCACCAGCCAGGCCCGGACUACGUACGGCAGAAGUACAACGAGCCUUUAGAGGUGAAUGAGUUUCCUGUCGAGGAGAAAAAGGAGAAAUCCCCAUCGAGGAGCCCUCAUUUCUACCGGAAAGGCACCACCCCCGACCCGUCUCCGACCCCCAGCCCCACCCCUUCACCCACUCUCGUUAAAAAUACCUCGUUCAGCAGUAAAAGUCCCGCCGCCGCCGCGCCAACGCAGCCGGCCGGGAAACAGAACCAAACCCCGGCAGCCGAGUGCGUGACAGGCAUGACAAAAGCGGCAUCGAAACUUUCCCUCAGACAGGAAGCGAGGCUCCAAGAGGCUCCUCCGGCGGUCAAGCCGGCGCCCGUCAGCAGUUACCCCAGCAACGGGCAGAUUCACUCCCAGUACCACGUCAAGAUGCCGCCGCCCGAGGAUCCGAUCGGCGCCGAGGACCACCUCCACCCGUCCAGCCUGGCGUGCUUGCCGCCACCCGCCAAACUGAUUAGUGCGCCCGCGCCGAAGGCCCUGCCGGCCGCCGGCCCGCCACCGGCGCCAGUGAAAGAGGCCGCCAAGGCGCCAGAGCCCGCCAAGCCAAAGAGGGCGGAGUCAACCAAACCAAGGAGCCUCGCAGACACCAAAAAAGCUAGUAUGGAAAUAGCGUCUGAGACUUUAGAGGAGGAGUCGGGCCCGAACUCUAUCCUGGUGCUCCUCGUGAUGCUCUUGAAUGUUGGUCUAGCAAUCAUUUUUGUCCAUUUCCUCACCUGACCAAGCGUGGACUCGGUGGACUCAUCCCAACUAAUCGCCCGAGCCACUAACUCUCCAUCUGCCAAAGGGGCCUUUUAGGAAAGUGGUGCCCCCUCAGAAUGGUGUACACGGGCAAAACGGAGGACUGAAAAUAGCCAAGUGAAGGUGAUGAAGAGGUGGAG